AUGGCGCACACGGCGAAGUGCGUAGGCCCCUCUCUCGAAAAUCCGGAGGGGGGCGUUGCUGGUGGCAAAGAGUUCAAUGAGUACAAUGCAUCUUUUCGAGCGGAGGCUGUUGCCGAUCAAGGCUGGCAGUGCAAUGUAACGGCAAUCUCUGUUCGCACGUCUGCGGACGUAGCCACAAUGCGUUUGUAUGGUGCAUCUCACGAGGGUCACAUCGCGGCGACUACAUACCCCCUUCGGGCAAUCCUGAGCUGCAAAGGACUGCACUCGGAGUUCAAUCUCGAGGCUGGGAUGACGGGUUCCUCUUGUAAGAUAUUCCAGCACUAUGUCCUCAAACAGCGGAUUGGUGCAGGGUCUUGGGGGGAAGUGUUUGUGGCUGUUGAGAGACUGUCUGGCCUUCAGCGUGCCGUAAAGAGGAUACCGAAGAGUACACCGCAUGCAGUGGCCAUGGCUCGGCAGGAGGUAGCGCUGAUGAGGGAGAUGGAUCAUCCGAACAUCGUCAAGGUCUUUGAUUGUUUUGAUGACACGGCCUACUUUUUCGUGGUGAUGGAAUUGUGUCGGGGAGGCGAACUAUUUGAAGAACUCGCCACGCAGGGUGUGUGUAGGGAGCGUCUGUGUCGUUAUGGAGAUUUUCCUCAUCCCCGGUAUACGCGCCAAGAAGCGGCCCUCAUCAUGUAUCAGAUUCUUUCGGCUGCCCACUGCUGCCACAAGCAUGGCAUCUGCCACAGGGACAUAAAGCCAGAGAACUUUCUCUUUGCCGAGCCAGGGAGCCUCACACUAAAGCUCGCAGACUUCGGGUUGGCUAGGCGGUUCAGGAGGCGUCUGGACGUAACCCAUAAUAAAGACCCUUUGCUUGCCUUUGUGGAGGCAGCAGCUGCCGCUGAAGCAGCUGAUAGAUCACCAGCUGCUGCCCCGCUGGAUGCUGCUUCGAAGCGGCCGCUUGCUGCUGCGAGUCGCUCGCAAGGAGAGGCAUACAGCAACGCCACUGCGUGUAACGGCACAACAGAGGGUAGCGGCCGUAGUAGCGUUGGACAGCCUCUGAAUCCAGCUGAGCAGCAGCAGCAGCUGAGAGAAGAAGAUGCCAAGUUAAUGCUCCACUCUAUUGCGGGUACGGUGUGCUUCGCGGCUCCUGAAGUUUUGCGGCUCUCCUCGGACUUAGUAGAGCAGAGCCGUGCGCUGAAGCAGGGGAAGUGGCGGCAAGGGUCGCAGCAGGAGGAGCUGCAGGAGCAAGAGAAGGAGGAUACGCUUCAGCAACUGCAGCAAGAAGAGCAGCAGCGGCGUACAGGAUAUGAUGGGGAACGCGCUGACGCUUGGAGUUGUGGCGUGAUGCUGUAUCUUCUGCUCUGCGGGGAGCUGCCCUUUGAUGGGCCUGACGAUAAUGCCAUCGCCUACAAUGUUUUGGAGGGGCAGCUUCACUUUAGACAUCCUGUAUGGAAGGAAAUUUCCGUUGAAACGGUAGAACUGGUUGUUGCGCUAUUGGAGCCAGAUCCUGCGUGGAGGCUUCUCGUCGGGGAGGCCUUGGGCAGCAGCUUCUUCAGCAGUGUGUUGCCGUUGCAUUUGCCAAUUCCAGCAGCUGCGACAGCCCCUAUGGGAGAGGAUGAGGAUCUCUCUGUUGCCGCAGCGGCAGUGUGCGGUAGUAGCAGCGCGAUGAGUUUGUCUCCCAUCCAAGAGGGUGCCUCGGAGCAUUCAAGGGCCUUCCCUUCUACGAGUCGUAUCGGGAAGGUAGCAGCAGCUGCCGCCGCUGCCCUUGCGAGCGCGCCGACGGCUGCCGAGGUUAGUGCGUGUGUGGCGUCGCUGCCUUUCCAGCAAGCGAGCACUUGUAGCCUCCCUCCUUGGCCUUGGGAAGGGGAGACAGCAGGAGCUGCUGGGGAGGCAGGAGCUGAGAAGCGAAAAGACGAAGAAGUUUCAGACGAGCUUCAUGACGCGCCGCUGCCAUCGCAGCAGCAGCAGCCAGUCAGUGUCCACGCCCAUAGGCGUCUCAUGUUCUUGAGCGACAGAUGCACGUACUUGUGCUGGUGCUCGAACGAUCAGCCUACACAGUGCUGCUCUUUAGGGUGCUGCUACGUUGGCAGCGGCGAAGGUCUUGGCGGCGCUAGCUACACUGGCAGCAACCGAUUGGAGGAAACCGUCCUGUCGAUAUCCCUCCCGCGGAUGCCAGGAUCUGAGACGGAAGGGAGUGCCUUCAAUGCUGGAAGCCUCUUUCACCCUACAGGCGGCGGCUUUAGCUCAUGCAGGGAGGAAUGCAGCUACAGCGGCUGCCAGACAUGCCGCGGACUAGGCAUUACAGCACAGCCUUGUGCCUCCCCUGCAUCUGGAGAGUAUCUCGAGCAUGAAGGUCAACAAAAGUUUCGGGAACAGCUCGAUUCGUGGGGUGACUUUCGCGACGCAGAUGCCCCUCCCCCCCCCCGGCAGCGAGAGCCACACCUACACAUCCCGAGGCGUGUCGCUAUGGCUUUGCUUCAGCUUCAGGCCGUAUCGGCUGCCUGGACGUGUACUGACACUGGCAGCAACAAUGUGGGAGAUCGGAACGGCGUGGACUCUUUGGGUUCGAGGUCAUGUUUGGCUGCCGAUGAACAGGCUCAAGGGGGGCUCAUGGAAUCGUCGAUGCACGACGAUUUCAUUUGUGCUUUAGGUCAGCAAGAACUGCAUCUGUUGCAUUAUACGGCUGCGGCUGGGGAGUUGCUCCGCCGCCUACGUGCGGCAACGCAGGGAUCGCUGUUGCGACGGCAGGCCUUGUUGGCUUUAGCCGUUGCUGCUAGAGGAAGCGCCUCUCCGACGCCUUCCACUAGUGUCAGUCAGCAGCUGUGGCACCAUGCUCACGUGUGUCGCGAGUCUUUGGGUGGACGCUUCGACGAUAGCAGAGGCUGUCGAUGCAGCCUGUCUGGCAAUUCAGCGACAAGGGAUGAUGGAGCUUGUUGCUGCUGCAAAGGGGCGAGGCCGCUAGUGUCCUGUUGCUGCAUUUGCCAUUCGGCUGCAUUUCACGAGCCAUGUGCUUGCUCCAUGCGUCUGUUGCACUCCAGUCCCUGCAUGUCGGUGUACAGCAAUACCUGCAGCAGCACUAGGGCAAGUAGCGGCAUGCGGAUGCGGACAGGACGUAGCGAGGCAGGGGAAGAGCUGCUCAGGGAAAGGCGGCUGCUGCAAUUGCUUUUUCUCUCUCUUGACCAAGAUGGAGACGGCCUUCUUUCCUAUAAGGACUUCGCAGAUGGAAUGCUUUCCUUGCUGCUGCUGGCAGGCAUUCACAGACAGCUGUGCUUGCCUGAGGAUGAGCAGCACGCCGAGGAGAACGCAGCCGCGGCGCUGAUGCCUGGCGCCCAGGCUGGCUGGGGGAAACAGCAGAUCGAGCUAGACAAGUCGCUAAGCCCAGACAAAAAAAUGAAGGAAUGCACGUUUCCUUGGGUGUCGCGGUGGCUCAUGCUGCACUUCGAGCUCCACGUCAUUGCCGGCGAAAUUGAUUGUGACGGUAGCGGGGCAAUCGAACUUUCCGAAUUUCUCGCUGCCACGCUCGAUGCCUCUCUUCUGGCGUCACAGCCGUCGCUGCGCAAGGCGGCAUUCCGCUUGUUGGACCGUUCAGGAGACGGCGUGCUGAGUCUUGCUGAUCUUAAGUCAUGCAUUAAGAAAGCCGACAGCUUCGAGGCGGAUUCGGAAGCUCUUGAUAUGCAGCUAAAAGCCAUUCUUAGCGCUGGAGAUAUCGAUGGAGAUGGUCUUGUCACACUUCAGAGUGUCUUCUUGCGGGUGCACGUCUGCGGAGUGCUAGCAGGCAAAGGCGUUUUGCUUUGGUUUUCUGCUGUAUCUGCAGGAUUUCGAGAAAUUCCUGUUGGACUCGUAGCACCUUUUAGUGCCGCCGAAUGUGCUGGCACUCCUUCGCCGAAGGAUUUUAUCUGGCUACGGGGUAUUAGGAUUUUAUCUGGCUACGAGGUAUUGGGAUUUUAUCUGGCUGAGAUAUUAGGAUCUUAUGGAGCUAUGAAGCUCCAGGCUGACACUGGUUACUCUACGACGAGUUCGAAUCAACAAGAAAUUAGUAAAGUCCUGAUGUAUUUCGCUGCUUAUGCAUCAUCGUAUAUCCGAAUAAAUUUAAGACGAACUGUCGUGGGCAUGCGCGUGAGAAGUGCAAUCAAUGUGCAACCCGCUGUAAAUGCUCGGGGUGCUUUUCGAGGCUGUAGCUACGUGCAGCCCCCCUCUUUCUCUCCACCCCCCUAUGGAGGUUCUGGAAGGCGUGGGCAGGAGGAAGGGGAGAAAGCAAGGUCCUUUGAGAACCUCUGA